GCAGCAGACAGAGGGAGAAGGAGCAGAGCAUGUUAGAGAAGGAGAGAGAGGUGGGAAGGUACUGUAGAGGUAGGCAGACAGAGAGAUGCGGAGCCACACCGAGCCAGUUCGCAAGCCUGCAACUCUUCACACGCUCGUCAGGGAUCAGGAUGCGUUAUGGAGCGAUGAUGUACCGACUCACUGCAGGAGCAGGCAACGCAGAUAGGAGUUCACCUUGAGCUGGAGUCCAACAGUGACACUCUGGACCUCUGGGAUUACAACAAGCCUUUAUUGAUCCUACACGCGAGAAUUAAUCAGUUCUGACUACCUGCCAAAACUAACUUUUGGAUUACUGGUUCACACUUAUUUCACACCAGAAGGUCUGAAUAAAGGGACAAUCUGCCAGUGACGAAGGCAGAAUUCACAACAGGUUCUCAUUUUUGGCAGACACUUGCCAGCUGUCUUCAAAUCUGACAGCAUCCAUACCCAAGGCUGUGACAUCCACCAUCACACUGGAACCCCGCAAAGCCACCAGUAAGCAGGUCCUGCAGCCCAGGAGCCCUGGAGCCGGCCUGACCUUGGACCGGCUGUCACCUGAACCCCUGCUGGCACCAGCAGAAACGUCCGGCAUGUCUCAGACCGGAGGACGGUUCCACAACAAAAAGGCCGGCAUUCGGGCUGCCGUGAUCCUAAUUGGACUCCUGCACAAGUCUCGCAAAGCCAAGGAGAAGGAGAGGGAGAAAGAGGAGAGCGAAGGGAAACAGGAGCUGCUGAACAUCUCCAACGUUCCUCUGGGAGAAUGCCCCCCCUCACCGCCUCGCACUGCACCACCCAGCAUGAAGUCUGCAGAGUUCUUCGAUAUGCUGGAGAGGAUGCAGGUCCCCAAAGCUGAAGAGACCAAAAAAUGGAAGGAUGACUACAUCCCCUAUCCACGGAUAGAAGAUGUUCUGGAGAAAGGCGGCCCCUACCCCCAGGUCAUCCUCCCGCAGUUUGGCGGUUACUGGAUUGAGGAUGUGGAGGCACCAGCAGGAACUCCGUCCUCAUCAGAGUCCAGCUUCUGUGAGGAGGAGGAUGGAGGAGAGGGCAUGAGUCCUGGUGGGGGGCACAGCUAUCGUCUGGAGUGUAACAGCACGGCCCGAGCUUACCGCAAACACUUCCUAGGCAAGGAGCACAUGAACUACUACUGCACUGGCAGCAGCAUAGGAAACCUCAUCAUGUCUCUGAAACACGAGGAGGCCGAGGGGCAAGAGUUUCUACGCAUCAUGCUCAGGUCGAGGACCAAAACAGUCCAUGAUAGAAUCUCUUUAGCAGGAAUCAACCAGCUGCCCAGUGUACCUCAGAUCGCCAAGCUUUUGUGUGAUGACGCCACAGGGCUGAAGUUCAACCCGGUCCUCUACCCUCGGGGCUCCCAGUUGAUAGUGGCGUAUGAUGAACACGAGGUGAACAACACGUUCAAGUUUGGUGUCAUCUACCAGAAGUUUGGACAGACAUCAGAGGAAGAGUUGUUUGGGAACAAUGAGGAGACGCCUGCUUUCAAGGAGUUUCUCAGUAUCUUAGGAGACAACAUUGAACUCCAGGAUUUUAAAGGGUUCCGCGGUGGGCUGGACGUGUCUCACGGACAGACCGGGUUUGAAUCCGUCUACACCGUCUUCAGACAGAGAGAGAUUAUGUUCCAUGUGUCAACUAAGCUUCCCUUCACCGAGGGCGACGUUCAGCAGCUCCAAAGGAAGAGGCACAUAGGGAAUGAUAUUGUAGCUGCAGUUUUCCAGGAAGAGGCCACACCGUUCGUUCCAGACAUGAUCGCCUCCAACUUUCUUCACGCUUACGUGCUGGUGCAGGCUGAAAACCCCUGUACAGAACACACCACAUACAAGGUGUCUGUUACAGCGAGAGAGGAUGUACCUUCUUUUGGACCCCCUCUCCCAAACCCAGCAGUCUUCAAGAAGGGUCCCGAGUUUCGAGACUUCCUGCUGACAAAGCUGAUCAAUGCUGAAAACGCCUGCUACAAAUCUGACAAAUUCGCCAAACUGGAGGGACGAACACGAGCUGCGCUGCUGGACAAUCUCCACGACGAGCUGCACAGACAGAGCCAGGCCACGCUGGGUCUGGGCCAGGUGGGAGAGGAGGACAAGCUGGAGAACGGGGCACACGGGGGUCUGCUGGAGUCCUUCAAGAGAGCCAUGCGAGUCAGGAGCCACUCCAUGGAGACCAUGGUGGGGUCCCACCGUCACAGGAGCCCCGGGGUGGGAGGUGGGGUCCCAGCCAGCCUUAGUGGAGGAGGACUGCCGCAGAGCACCAGCGAAUGCACAAAGAGCACUUUCACUCCUCCAGCCCUGUCAGCCAAGUCUCCUCUGAAGAGCCCAGUUAAACGGCGCUCCGGACUCUUCCCACGUCUCCACUCCAGCACAGAAAGUCCAUCAGACAAACACACCCGCAGUGACCAAAAGCAUGCAGAGAUCUGCCCUCUGUCCCAUGAAGUCAAGUCAGAGACAUCAUCCAACCCCAGCUCACCUGAGAUCUGCCCCAACAAAGAGAGACCCUUUAUCAAGCUGAAGGAGUGCAGCAGCGGUAGGCCGAACAUCUCUCGUUCUUCAUCCAGCACCAGCAGCUUCAGCAGCACCACAGGAGAAACAGAAGCUCUGGAGGAACUGGAGACUGCCAGCCAUCCAUCUAUGGCUUCUUCCUCUGCCUUCAGUCCUGCCCUCAGUGUCGACAGCCAGGGAUCCGGUACCCCUGUCAUCAUGUGCCGCAGUCCAACAGAUGGGAAAAAUAAGACGUCACCGAGGUCAAACUUGAAGUUCCGCUUUGACAAAAUGAGUCACUCUUCCACGACUUCUGAGUAGCUUUGUGGAACGGAAAAAAACAGACUUGCACAACGGAGGGACAGCGUAGGCCGACGGAGCUGCAAAAAUUACAAAAGAAAAGAAAAAAUACCCAUCGACAACCACAAAAUCACUGUAGAACCACUUCCCAAGCCAAGGAUAAUCUGACCGGGUUACCGACUGCACCAGAGUCCCCACACACCAUAAACUAACUGACUAUACUGUGAGUGUUUAGUGCAGAGAAGCAGCUGAAAUUUCUUUUUAACCAAUGUUUAGCUUCAGAAAUUUGUCAAUACUUGCUGCAUCUUACUUGUUAAUUGUUCACGUUACAUAAGGGUCUUGGCAUGGCUGUUACUGUGAGUGUAGACCGAGCAAGACUUUGUCUCAAACAUUUUGUCUAAUCGAGAGCCAUGAAGACAUUGAAAAAACGAUAACAUGAAACUGCGGCUGAACUGUUACUCUUAACCUAGCCGACUUUUGAGUUUUCGAUGGAAAUAUUAGUCAGACAUCCGGAUGUUCCCUUCUGCCUUUGCCCUUGGACGGUACGUCUGGUAACAGUUCCUCUUUUGCCUAAAAAAGUACACAGAGACACACAAAUGAACAUGUGCACAGACACUUAAUGUACGGUAGAUUUAAACCAAUAAGCCACAACAUUUAAACCACCUGGCUAAUACUGUACAGGUGUCAGUCAUGCUGCCAAAACAGCUCUGAAUCGUUGGGGCGUGGAAAUCAGAAUGGGGAUUUGGUUGUUGGCAUAAGAUCCUUUGGGUCCUGUGGGUUUGGGGGUUGGGACCUCUGUGGAUCAGGAUGUUCUGGCGCAUCCCAUGGAUGCUCGAUUGGUUUGAGAUCUGGGGAGUUUGGAGGCUAGGUUAAAGCCUUGGGCUCUGGGACAUGUACCUUGAGCCAUUCAAGAGCAAGUCCCACAGUCCUGCUAGGGAAGACCACAGCCAUCAGGGGUGUGCUUGGUUUGGAAUAAGGUUUAGGUGAGUGAUAUAUAUCUAAGUAUGGCAACAUCCAUCUAAAUGCCAGGACCCAAGGUUUUCCUGCAGAAAAUUGCAUUUUGACAAGAUGAUCAGUAUAUACACUUCAUUUGUCAGUGGUUUUAGUAUUGUGGCUGAUUGGUGUUCAGUAGCAAAUCCUUGGAAGUGGCAGCACUGGGAGUUUUCUUCCUCCACGGUAGGAGCUGAUCUUGUUCUUUGCAUAUAUAAUUGCUUUUCUAGGAAACACCUAUUAUUUUGGAGAUGCUUUUGUAACCUUGCUAGCUGCUGCAUUGUGUCGGCUGCACUGUAAACACGACAUGUCUCCUCCUAUGACAGCAUUUCUGUAUCUAUAAGGGUCACUUCAAAGCCCUGAACUCAAGUGCUUGGUUAGUGCAAAUUAGCUCAGUAGGGGACACUGCCAACACAUUUUGCCACAAGCUUAUUUUAGCCAAAGCUGCGCCUUACAAUCUAUCAAAAGCCCUUUUCACCACUGGUGUGUUCUUUCUCUGUUUCUCUGUCUGUCUCUCUGUGUGUCUCUCACUAUGUGAGAGGAUAAGAAUCUCCUGGAUCUGGUUACAGCACAGUUGUGGGUAGCCGAUCAUCACCCACAUUUGCUGAAAAUAGACGUUGCACUUUCAGAAAACAUUUCACCUUCUGAUACCUCCCAUUGAAGCUUGCUAGCUCAGUGUAUCGGUGUGUAUGUUCGGUGGUUCUUUUGAACAGGAAGGUCUCCGGGGUUUUAAAGUUUCCCAGCAUGUGAGCCGAUGCAGAAGACUUGAAAAAGAUGCUUCAGGUUAUAAUGAACCAUUGAACCACCUUUGGCAAAAACACUUUGAAUGUGAACUUCAAACUUUUUUUCUUUUUUUUUUGUAUUUUGUAUUUUACGCCUUGUUAGUUGCUAUUACAAAGUCUCUUAGAAGUAAAGUGCAAAACCAGUUGCUCACAAGCACAACAGGCCCAUAGGUCUGCUCUAAUCCUCAACUAUACCAUGACAUUAACCUGGAGUUGCACAAACUGGAGUCAGUAAAGAAAAGCUUAAAGACACACAGAUGUGUUUCCAGUGUGACCAAACUGGUAGGUGUAUGAGAGGAAUGUCUAUGGAACUUUAAUGUGUAGGGAACCAUUCCUGUAGCUGAGGAUGACUUAACAGUGUCUAAAAGUUUGAAAGCUCAGUUUGCCCAAAUUACAAAUAUCCUCUGUAAUUUAGGUGACCUCUUAACUUGCCAGGAAACUAUUCUCAGUUAGUGUAGACCAGUGAUUACCUCGAGGAAGAGAAGCAGGGACAGAAAUCCUCUGGACAGAAGCGGAAAGUUCAGAUGUUGUUUAGUUCGUAGCAGGUAUCGCCUAAAACGCCCUGCAGCCUUUUCUCUGUAAAAAAAAAUGCUUAAUUUAUUAAACGAUUCUUUUGCAUUGAUGUCAUGUAAAAAUGUCACUGCAGAGUACGCUAAUUAAUAAGGUAAAAUUAUUAAAGGAAAUAUAUUAAUUUAAAAGAUGUCUAAACAUAUGUAUAUGUAUAUUUGGUUAUGUAAUGUGCCAUUGAGAAUUUAUUCUAAAAUAAAAUGUUGUAUUUUGUGUCA